AUGGGUUGUGGACCAUUCUUUAAUAAGGACAAAACAUUAAAUCGUAAAUUAGUGGUUGUAGGUGACGGUGCGUGUGGAAAAACUUCACUUCUAAAUGUAUUUACAAGAGGCCGUUUUCCACAGAAUUACGAACCAACGGUGUUCGAAAACUAUGUCCAUGAUAUAUGGAUUGAAAAUAAGCAUAUAGAAAUAUCACUUUGGGAUACUGCAGAAUUUGAUCGUUUACGAUCAUUAUCUUAUGCGGAUACACAUGUAAUCAUGUUAUGCUUUGCGGUAGAUAAUCGAGAUUCUUUAGAAAAUGUAGAAUCAAAAUGGAUGGAAGAAAUACGUGAACAUUGUGCAGGGGUCAAACUUGUUUUAGUGGCGUUAAAAUGUGAUCUAAGAGAAGACGUUCAGGUAAAGAAGAAUAUGAAACGAUAUGGAGAAAUGCCUGUAUCAUAUGAAGAGAAUGUUCAGCAAAACACAAUCGAGGUAAGUGUAAGAGAAGCAUUCGAACAGUCAGCCCUUGUAAGUCUUCGUGCCAAACGUAAAGGUUUAUCUAGCAAUUCAAGUGGGAAAUGUAUUCUUUUGUGA